UCGAAUAUCUUCCUUUCCUAACGUUCUUGCGUUUAGAAUACAAUCCUAUAGUGCUUUUUUGAAUGAAUGAAAUGCAAUUACAUUCAUGAUAAUUUAAUUUUAAUAUGCGUCCAAUAAUAAAUGCAAGAUUAACAGCAGCACAAAAAUCAAAAGUUACAUUUACGUUAUUCUCAAGUGUUGCUUUAUUUGCAAUAUUUACAGUUGCGGCUCCAGCUAUUUUGCCUUGCCCAGCAUUUGAUGAAACUCAACGUAAAGCAUUAUUAGAACAACGUCGUAAAGCUAAAUUAAUUGGAAGAAAAGAGGUUGUAAUUGAACCUAGAAAACAUAAUCAACAAUAUCAAAAGAAAGUUGAAAGUUAAUAUUUGAUGUGAUGUAUAUAGAACGAGUCGAAAUUGGGUGAUUAGUUUAUAAUUCGUGAAAGAUUGUAGUAAAAAGUAUUUAGUAGUAGAAUGUGUCAUGUAUAUAUAUACUGUAUAUCUCAUUUUUUUCUUAUUUGAUGGCAAUUUAUUAUUUAGUGCUAGAUGUAACAAUUUUUAUUCAACAUAUAUUUACAUUUAGUAUUUAAAUAUAACAUUUAAAUGAAUUUUAUCUACAUUUUUUUUUUUUUUUCAUUGCGAUUAAAUAUAAUAAACAUUCUAAUGAAAAUUUUUU